AUGGUGACGAAUCUUGAAGGAUUACUGGAGCGCAUAGUGCUUCUUUCAUCUUGCGCUGGUGAACAAGGUUGUCCUGUAUCGGAACUUCUCGCAUCGAUUCUCGUCUUGCUUUCGAUUAGCGAGCGCGAGCCGUCGCAAACUGAAAUCGUCCAUAUCCUGGAAAAUCCACAGUCGGAUGCCUAUCGCACCACUGCAGUUAUCUGGACCUGGGUCGCAGAGAGGAAAGAUAUCUCCGUUGGAUAUGACCGGAAAUACAAUGCUUAUCCCUUAACCCAGAUACUUUCCCUGGGUACAAAAUCGCCCGUCGUGGAGGCCUCAGCACCCGCGCCACCCUCAGAGACAAUUACACAGGAGAAAGAAGCCGUGCGCAUAUAUGUAUCGGAAAAUACUAUGUGGGAAUCGCUAACUGGGCAUGGUGUCGAUCACAAACGCAUUCCUCGAUCCGAAUGGAUCCUUCUACAAGGCAUCGCCUCCACCACGGGCAAAGGGAUUCUGCAAGGUGAUUUGGAGAAGGGCUACAUAACGAAGCGGACUACUCUGGUUCGCGGUACGAAGACAAGCAAGCUCUGGCUCAAGUUCCUCGCGCCGUCCACACCAGACGAGACGAAGGAAAGAAACGAAACAGAGACAAACAUCACUCUCUCAAGGCAAUGCUUAGUCGAUAGCUUGGAGCCUGUUCCGUGGCACACGAGAUGGACGGGUGACUCCAUCGACUACAAAGUACUUGCGACUACUGUCAUGGCAAUCUGCAAAGAGUGGAACGUCAUGCGCCUUCAAGAUUUGAAGUCAAAGCUUGGAGUUUUGGGAAUGACUUGGCAGAUGAAAGUCGUUUCUAAAAUAUGCAGAUUUCUCAAUUCCCGGGGAACUAUUCGAUAUGUCGCCGCAAAGCUCAACAAUCGCAUCUUUAAAGACUGCAUUCGCUUCAACAGAGACAUGAAUGCGAGGGACUGGUCCAUUUUCUUGGCCACCGGUAAACGGACAACAAAAUAUUCCAGGCUCUCUACACAAGAGAAUGGCGAAGAUGAAAUCAUCACGACUAAUGCCUUGAGGGGUGUUCAAGGGUUUGGAGAAUCGCAAUGCCCGUUGUGGUCUAUUUACACUCCGAUAACUUCUCUUGUUGCUCUUUGUAUCGAAGAAGCAGGGUCUGAUGGUUUAACGAAUCCACAACUGUGCGCGAUAACGAUUGGAUCCAGCUUCACUCGCUAUCUGGCUGGCCUGACAGCUGCGAUAUCGACGGACAACAUACAACCAAGCAACGUGAGGCAUCUCGCUGUCAAAAGUGAGCGCGGUCGGCCUGGCAAGUCUUCUUCAUUGUAUUGGUACUCUAUGGUGAAUCUGGGAACACAGCAGCACGAUGCUCCUCAGAAAACCCACCAGUCAAAGCCGAAGCGCAAACAAGAUAGCAGCAGAUCUUCUGAGCUAUACGGCUUCACAUCUCUGGCCCUUGGGAACGUUCACACCGCUCAAGCAUCAAGACUACCGUCCACCCUACCACCAACACUAUCGGACCUGUGCCAACGAGGCCUUUCCCAGCAGAAAAGAAGAGGCCGCCCAAAGAAGAUCAGGCCGGAACUACGAAACGGCUCCCACGACGUGCUUCCUCGCGAAUCCACGGCGGUGCGAAACACAGCAAUAGGAGGAGUUCGUGAGGCUGCCGCCCGAUCGGUGGUCAUGAAGGAAGAAAGAGACACCGCACCGAGCGAUCAGGCGGUCGAAAGAGAGCCUCAUGGAGACACUGUUGAAGUGGAGAUCUUAGAUGAAAGGCCAGGUGACCAGAUACCGGAACCAGCAGUGCGUGGUCGUGGUCGUCCGAGGAUCCGCGAUGACGGACAAACCGGUCGAAAAGCUCCCAGCAAUCAUCAGUUCAGAUGCGAAAAUUGUUCUGACAUGUCUAUUCUAUCUGGCCAAGCAGAGCUCCUGACGGCCAUCUCAGCACUUCCACCGCGGCAAGUCGAUCCUUUUGCAAAACCCUAUGCACGGCAAGCUGCCGUGCAGCUUCAUGCCAUAUCUGAAGUUCCCGAGGCACAUGCUGCCGGUCUCGCCUUGACGCUACAAGACUUUGCUGCCACUGCUGAUAGCGUCAAAGACACUCCCGAGAGGCCGCGAAUGAAAAUCACACGGAGCCCUUCCGGCUGGGAAGUCACUCGAGAUUUUGGUCUGUGA